GGGGGCUGGGGGACGGGGGACGGCCAGGAAGCUCAGAAACAGGAUCUACACAUUUCUUGUGUGAGACAGAGAGAAAAAAAGCUGACUUAUAAAAUUUGACUGAUGACGAAGAGCAGGAAAAUGUGAUGGUGUGAAAGUUCAGGCAGUGCUGGAAACUUUCAGAGGAUUAGUGAAACUGAGGAGGAAGGGAGGACGCACAUAAAAGAACUCCACACCGACUCACUGUCUCUGUUCAGGGAUCGCAGCACGAGAGGGCAAUAAUGGAGCUGCCAGCGACACUUCCUGUACUCCUACUUCUCAUGGCCCUCAGUGUUGUCUGGGCGUGUCCGGAUGGAUGCCAAUGUAGAGGAAGCACAGUCCAAUGCGUUGGCCUGUCAAACUUCCCCAUGCCGCUGCCGUCAUCUGCCACCAAACUCUAUUUUUCAAAAUGCAGUUUUAACUCUCUGGAGCCAGAACACAUGACGAAUUCGUUGGAUUUGUUGCUAAUUAAAGAAUCUCUUUUGAGGGAAGUGCGCCCUGGCACGUUUAAUUCAACACCACAUAUCGGGUCCUUAACAUUAACUGGUACCCAACUGCAGGAUCUGCCAGAAGCCUUGUUGAAAAAUCUGCAGAAACUUGAGGCUCUGACACUAAGCAUCAACAACCUCUUAGUACUUCGGCCUCAGUGGUUUUCCCUGUUGACCGAGCUUAGAAGACUUGACCUUAGUAGGAAUCUUUUCACUGCAGUACCUGUGGAAACUUUUCAUCCACUGAAACAGUUGAGCUACCUUUCCCUUUCUGGUAACAAAGUCAGCCAGCUAUCAAGAGAAACCUUUAAGGGUCUUUCUCAGAUCAUAACUUUACGCCUUAAUAGAAACAUGCUACAGGAGCUUCAAGUUGGUACUUUGGAUGACCUUGUAAACCUGGGAGAGCUGUCACUACAAGACAACCAAAUCACUCACCUCCACCGUGACCUGUUCUCCAAGACUCCAAAACUCCAGAAGCUGUUUCUCUCCAACAACAAGAUCACAUCUCUCCCAGAAGGGAUCUUCCUAAACGUGCCAAAUCUUUCCCAGAUCUCCCUGUAUGAAAACCAGCUGGAGACUCUGGGGCCAAGGGUGUUUGGGCCCACGGCCCUUAAGGAGCUGUGGCUGUAUGACAACAAGCUGAGUCGUGUGGAAGAUGACACGUUCAGGAACCUGACUCAGUUACGCCUCCUGGUCCUCAGUCGUAACCGGAUUAGUUAUGUAUCCACCAGUGCAUUUAGAGGAUUGGAACAGCUGGGAGAGGUAUCCCUGCACACCAAUCUGAUCACGACCCUGCAAGCUGGGACUUUCCAGGUGCUACCAAGACUGGUCAACAUUUCUCUGGAACACAACUUCAUCAAAUCCCUCCCACGUGGUUUCCUCCAGGGUCUGACCCACCUGGGACAGAUAGACCUGCGAAACAAUUCCCUCCCUAACCUACCACAGGAGAGUUUAGACACCCUUACUGCAUCAGAGGAAGUACUCCUCCAGCAAAAUCCCUGGAGGUGUGACAAGGAUAUUCUGCCACUUAGGGACUGGUUGAAGCAGCACCCAUCAAAGACCAACCAAAGCCUUGUGGUCUGUGACGCUCCUUCCAGUCUGAAUGGCGAGAUGAUUGCUUUGCUGGCAGAUGAGAACCUGGUAUCUCUCAGCUCUACUCAGGAGCCCGUGCUGACCUCAACAGAGAAGAGGAGGAGGCCACAUACACCUCCAGCCAAAAGAAGCACUCCCUCACCAGCUGUCAAGACGACCCCCACCUCAGAGUAUGAAAAGGUAACCAGGAGUGGACAAGGGAAUACUGGAAGCAUUUCUCGUGAUAUUUCAAUCACCCUAAUUGUCAUCGCAGUAGUGUGCACUGUCAUCAUCAGCACUGUAAUUAUCAGCUGUAUUUGCUGGAGGAGAAAUAAGAGUGGCACGGGGAAUAUAGGCCGCAGGAGUACGAACUCUGUGCUGUAGACUGCAAUUCAAACAAAGCACACGAAGAACUUUUAGAGGGCGACUUUGGAGAGUUGGUAAUUGAGCCUGAAAGGCACCAGAGAGUUCAUUACCUUUCAGUUUUAUUCAUCAGAUUUACCCCUCAGUGUGUCUUCCUGACUGUGCAUCUUUGAGGAAAGAGAUGCCAUCUUAAAUACUAACUGUAACAACAAAUGCCUUAACAACUUUUGGCCAACCUGGACAUAUUUGUGAAUGUAAACUGAAACAUGCUUCGCCUGUUGAGUUAACCACCCAACGACUGUUUUUCAUUAACAAUUGUUGCAGCUUGAUGGCUGAUUUUGUGCUAACAACCCAACAUUUAGCAAAUAGUUGAACUUCUUUGCAAAAGCGUUACAAUAUACAUACAAAAGAUGUAAUACGGAGUUCACUAGGGGCUAGGGAUAGCUCAGUAGGUAGAGUGGCGGCCCCAUGAUCGGAAGGUCGGGGGUU